AUGGCCUCCGAAGUGCUGCGUGUCAUGAUAAUGAAAAGCACGCAGUUCAAUCGUAGCUACCACCACUCAGCUGGGCAGCUAGAGAAGGCACAAUACACUCUUGUCAAGAGUGUAUUGCUCUCUAGUGAAUCCAUUACGGAGCUGCCAAAGAGAGCAACCAGCUGA